UGCCCGAGCCAUUGCCACACUUAUUCCCAAGUUCCUGAACGGCCUACCCUGGGAAAUACAGACUAUGCGUUUGAGAUGGCCAUUUCCAACAUCCGCUAUGGAGAAGGAGUUACUAAAGAGAUUGGCAUGGACCUGCAGAAUCUUGGUGCUAGAAGAGUUUGUUUGAUGACAGAUAAAAACCUCUCCCAACUCCCUCCUGUAAAUGCAGUAUUGAAUUCCUUGGCAAAAUGUGGUAUAAACUUUGAGAUGUAUGAUAAUGUCCGGGUGGAACCAACAGACGAAAGUUUCCUGGAUGCCGUUAAAUUUGCUAAAAAGGGAGAGUUCGAUGCCUAUGUUGCUGUUGGAGGUGGGUCUGUAAUAGACACCUGCAAAGCUGCCAACCUGUAUGUGUCCAGCCCUACAUCGGACUUCUUGGAUUAUGUCAAUGCUCCUGUUGGGAAAGGGAAGCCUGUCACUGUGCCCCUCAAGCCACUCAUCGCAGUUCCUACGACAUCUGGAACUGGAAGUGAAACCACUGGUGUUGCCAUUUUUGACUUCAAAGAACUAAAAGUAAAAACCGGUAUUGCUUCAAGAGCCAUUAAACCAACCUUAGGCAUCAUUGAUCCUUUACACACGCUGUCUAUGCCUGAGCGAAUAGUAGCCAACAGUGGGUUUGACGUGCUUUG